CACCACGCGCAAUGAUCACAGCGGAUGCGACCACAACCAGUUUUGAAUUUGCGGGGUCGUGAGCAUGCCACCAUCGCCUCAGUCGGCCGACGCUUUUCUGCAAGACGGUUCGGACGCCUUCCAUGCGUCCUUGGCUGCGCAGCUCGAGACGUCCAUGGGCAAGGCCAUGCCGCAGAUGGAAAUUCGCUUCCAGGAUCUCUCCAUUGCGGCCGAAGUUUCCGUCGCCACCAAGGACGGCCAUGAGCUGCCCACCUUGUACAACCACGUCAAGAAGAUUGCGCGCGGCCUCGCCCGCAAGAAGCGCUCGAUCCGCAAGGACGUCCUGCACCCAAUGUCGGGUGUCUUUAAGCCCAGCACGACGACGCUCCUUCUUGGUCAACCCGGCUCGGGCAAGUCGUCGCUCAUGAAGAUCCUCUCGGGCCGCUUUCCCAUGCACAAGAACAUCACGGUGGGCGGCACCGUCACUUUCAACGGCGCCAAGUCCGAAGACGUCAAGGCGCAGCUACCGCAGUUUACGGCGUACAUGAACCAGCGCGACUUUCACUACCCGACCUUGUCGGUGAAAGAGACACUCGCCUUUGCGCACGCAUGCAGCGGUGGCGCGGCGGUGCCCCAACGCGUCCUCGACUCUCUCCAGUACGGCUCGCCCGAAGAAAACGCGCAGGCCAAGGCUGUGAUCCAGUCGCUCUACAACGUCUACCCGGAUAUCAUCACGCGGCAGAUGGGUCUCAAGAUCUGCGAAGACACGAUCGUCGGCAACGCCAUGCUUCGCGGUGUCUCGGGCGGUGAGCGCAAGCGCGUGACGGUCGGCGAGAUGGAGUUUGGCAUGAAGCAGGUGUCGUUCAUGGACGAGAUCAGUACCGGUCUCGACUCGGCAGCUGCGUACGACAUUGUCAAGUCGCAGAAGAGCAUGGCCGCGUCGCUCAAGAAGACGAUUGUGAUUGCGUUGCUGCAGCCGUCACCCGAGUUGUACAACCUCUUUGACGAAGUGCUUCUCAUGAACGAAGGUCACGUCAUGUACCACGGUGCGCGGUCGCUGGCUCUCGAGUAUUUCGAGUCGCUCGGGUUCAAGUGUCCGCCGAAGCGCGACGUGGCCGACUUUCUGCUCGACCUCGGCACGCCGCAACAAGACCAGUACGUCGUCGAUGGUGCGACGUCGGUGCCGCGCACGCCGAGCGACUACGCCGAUGUCUUCCGUCGCUCGGCGAUCUUUGCCGAGAUGAUGAGCCACCUCGAGGGCCCGCACCACCCGCUUCUCCUCGCUGAUGCGGCCAAGCACAUGGCCGAGAUGCCGGCGUAUCAAGUGCCAUACGUUGAGAGCACGCAGCUGCUGAUUGCGCGUCAGCUGAAGGUGUUUUUGCGCAACACGGCGUUCGUCAAGAGCCGCUUCAUCAUGGUGCUGGUCAUGGGUCUUUUGUACGCGUCGACGUUCUAUCAAGUCGACUCGGCCAACCCGUUCGUUGUGCUUGGUGUCGUCUUCACGUCUGUGCUCUUUCUUGCGCUGGGUCAAGUGCCGCUCAUGCCGGCGGUGCUGGAGUCCCGCGAGAUUUUUUACAAGCAGCGGUGGGCCAACUUUUUCCGGACGUCGUCGUUCAUUCUGGCGCAGUCGUUCACUCAGGUGCCGUUUGCGUUUGGUGAGACCUUGGUGUUUGGCUCGAUCAUGUACUGGAUGACGGGCUUUGUGUCGGAAGUCGGUGCGUUCUUCGUCUACCUCCUGCUGCUCUUUCUGACCAACUUGGCGCUUACGUCGUGGUUCUUCUUCCUCGCGGUCAUCUCGCCCGAUCUCCACAUUGCCAAGCCCGUGGCGAUGCUCUCCAUCUUGUUUUACAUCUUGUUUGCGGGUUUUGUACUUGCGCCGUCCAUCAUGCCCGACUACUUUAUCUGGAUCUACUGGAUCAACCCACUCAGCUGGUGCUUGCGUGCCCUGGCCAUCAACCAGUACUCGUCGGAUGAGUUCCAAGUGCCGGUCUACACGGGCGUCGACUACAUGAAGCUCAAGGGCGACACCAUGGGCAACGUCAUGCUUAAGACGUUUGGCCUCGAGACCGACACGAUCUGGAUCUGGUACGGCGCCAUCUACCUCGCGGCCAUCUACGUCGUCUUCCUCGCUCUCUCGUACCUCGCGCUCGAAUACAAGCGCUACGACGCACCGGAAAAUGUCUCGGUGGCAGGGAACAAAGCCGACGACGAAGAAGAUGUUGGUGAUGUGUACGUCAAGGCGCCCAAGACGCCAACGGAUGUCACCCAUGCGACUGAAGACGUUGCGAUGAAGCGUCUGACGAUCGGUGUCGAGCUCGCGGCCGCCCCGAGUAUUCUCUUUUUGGACGAGCCGACGUCCGGCCUUGACGCCCGCUCGGCCAAGAUCAUCAUGACGGGUAUUCGCAAGAUCGCGUCGACGGGUCGCACGGUCGUCUGCACGAUCCACCAGCCGUCGACCGAGGUGUUUGAGAUGUUUGACUCGCUUCUCCUUCUCAAGCGCGGUGGCGAGACCGUCUUCUUUGGUGACCUCGGUACGCACGCCAUCCAGCUGAUUCAGUACUUCAAGUCGAUUCCCAACACGCCGCCACUCAUCGAGGGUGCCAACCCGGCGACGUGGAUGCUCGAGGUCAUCGGUGCCGGUGUCGAAGCCAAGAGCACCAACUUGCCGCCCAACGACUAUGUCCAGAUUUUCAACGGCUCGCAUGAGCGUGGUCUUCUCGUGGCAGCGCUCGAGCGCCACGCUGUGCCGCAUUCGUCGCUGCCCGAGCUCACGUUUGCCAAGAAGCGCGCGGCGUCGUCUUUGACGCAGUUCAAGAUGGUGACGCAGCGCUUCUUCCGCAUGUACUGGCGCACGCCGUCGUACAACUACACGCGCGCGAUGCUCUCGAUCAUUUUGGCUCUUCUCUUUGGCUUGGUCUACCGCGGUGUCGACUACACAACGUACGUUGGGGCGACCGGCGGCGUCGGCAUGAUCUUUCUCACGUCGCUCUUUAUGGGUAUCAUUUCGUUCAACAGUGUCCUUCCGCUCGCUACAGAAGAGCGCGCGUCGUUCUAUCGCGAACGCGCCUCGCAGACGUACAGCGCGUUUUGGUACCUUGUCGGCGGCACGGUCGUCGAGAUCCCGUACGUGUUUGUGACGACAUUUGUCUUUUGCGUCAUCUUUUACCCGUUUGUCGGCUUCAACGAGUCGAUCGGCGCAUGCCUCUUUUACGGCCUCAAUGUCUCGUUCUUGGUGCUCAUGAACGUCUACUUUGGCCAGUUGAUGGCAUACGCGAUGCCCCGUGUCGAGGUUGCCGCUAUCAUUGGCACUCUCUUCAACUCGUUCUUCUUCCUCUUCAUGGGCUACAACCCGCCGUCAUCGCAGAUCCCGACCGGCUACAAGUGGCUUCACCACGUCAUACCAGCAAAGUACUCGGUCGCGCUUCUCGUCGCCGAGACGUUUGCCAAGUGCACGGACG